GGCAGCGCCGGGCAGGAUUAUGGCACAAGCUCAAGGUUUUGGGAGGAAAUAUGUUAAAGCCUUUUUUAAAGGUUUCUUUGUUGCUGUCCCGGUAACAGUGACUUUCCUAGACAGAGUUGCCUGUGUAGCAAGAGUGGAAGGAGCAUCAAUGCAGCCUUCUUUGAAUCCUGGCGGAAAGCAAACAUCUGAUGUAGUGCUUUUAAACCACUGGAGUAUUCGGAAUUAUGAUGUACAGCGUGGGGACAUUGUGUCAUUGGUGUCUCCUAGAAACCCUGAACAGAAGAUCAUUAAACGAGUGAUUGCACUUGAAGGAGACAUUAUCAAGACAAUUGGAUACAAAAAGAAGUAUGUGAAAGUUCCACAUGGUCAUAUUUGGGUGGAAGGCGAUCACCAUGGACACAGCUUUGACAGCAACGCUUUUGGCCCGGUUUCUCUUGGACUACUCCAUGCUCGUGCCACCCAUAUCCUCUGGCCUCCAAAACGCUGGCAGAAGUUACAGCCAGUGCUACCUCCAGAACGCAAACCCCUUCAGAGAGAGCAAGAAUAACUGAAAUAUUAAAGUGAAAAAACACUAAAGUGAAAUUUAACUGGAAGAGUUGCAGCGAUUAUAACAUCACAAAUAAGAGUUUUGUCAAGUGUGCUAAAACAUCAGAUACCAUCUAAACACAUGCAUACAAUAUAUUUGCAUUAAAAUAUUACCUUAAAUGUAAAGUCUUUUAAAAUCUUUAACAUGAAUACAUUGUGCAUUCUUUCAGUUUGAAAUAAUUAUUUGCUAGUUGUAGAAGAAUUGAAUAUUCAAUUUUUUCCAAGAGUGAAAAAAACAUUA